AUGUUCCUAACUAUGAGCUCGCAUCAGAGCCUUCUGGAGGAAAUCGACCGUGAGCAGCGCUUCAAGCAUGUACUUGAACAAUCACUGAAGGACCUGGAGCAUACUGUUUGUCAAUUAGAGGAGAGAAGCGGGAACCCUGACGUGAGCGAAUGGCAGCUCCGAUACACAACUCAGGUAGAACUGAAUCACCAUCUGGAUCAGCAAAAAGAAUGGCUCCGAGGACAGGUGGAAUGCCAACAGGGCCGACCAUUUAUUGGCUCAGCAGAGCUCGACCUUGAUUCUUUUUCGGAGGCUCAGUUGGCAAGAUGCUUGAGGCAACUGGAGAAAGAUAGGGAUAACCUCCGAAGCGACGUUCGCGAUCUCGAAUGGAGGUUGGACCAGGAAUCGAAGGCCUUCCAUAAAUUCGAUGAAACCCGGAAGGCAUACCAAACUGAAAUCCGAGACGCGAUGACGAACCUCGAAGCUCUUCGAUCCCGAGUGAAAAUGAUAUCGAAUGACUACGUAAUGUUCAGCAAAAGGAAGGGGAACAUUCUGCCAAAUCAGCGUGUCCUUGAUCCGAAAAGGGGGCCUAUAAGGAAAAUCGCAGCCGUUCGCAGUCUUCCGAAACUGAACAGCGGACAUCAUGAUCGCACCUCUGGCCAUAUGAGUGAAUAG